GAGGCUGUGUGUUUUUUACGUGUUACCCUGCUCUCACGCGCUGUUCAUUUGCUUCAACGUUUUAUUUCCUAUGUAUCCUAAGCGCUAAUAUUUUGCUUCUGGCUUUGCUGUGUGAUGUCUCUAAUCGCCUCUAAAGGAAGAUGUUACUGGCGGAUUUUUUUUUUACAGAGACUGUUUGAUGAGAAUUAGAACUGUAAGCUUGUUGUGUCUGAGGUGCGUUAAGUUGAAAGAGAGCUAGGUUUUAUUUAAAUAUUUGUGAGCUUUACAUAAUUGUUUUUAAUCAGUGGUUCCAUACGAAAUAAUUUUCCAAACAUUAUUUUUUUCAGCAUGAAAUUAAACGUUAGCUUAAAAUGUGUGUAUGUAAAGAUAGCAGUUUUUAUUAUGUAAGAAACCACAUUGCACACAAUCUCCCGUGUCUUUGGCAAACAUUUUUAACGUGAAAUAACACCAUGUCUGCAAAACUACAAGCUAAUUUACUAACUUACCCUAUUUUAUUUGAACAGUCUUUGCAAGACAUUGAACCAUGAUCCACAUACUUAGUGAAAAUAGUGUUAAAAAUGGGGUGGGAAAGAAUUGAUAAAGUGGGGUAGUUGUGUAAAUGCAGAAAAGUAGUUAAAUAAAUGAAUAAGUUAAUAGAAUAACAAGUGUUAAUAAAAAGUCUCUGUUGCAAACUGUGAAUACUUCCAAUGUUGCCAGACAUUUAAUUCAUGGGAACCCUUAGGCCAGUGUUUGCCUUUACUGGAAAACCUACCAGAUGGCUGGGAUUUUGCUGCUAAUGGUGGUAACCAGUGGUGAACAUGUUUAUCAGUAGUGGCAUUCUUUUCAUUAUUCAUUUGAAUGUUUUAGGGAAUGUACCGCUAGUGGCAAACACUGGCAAACUUGUGACAACUAUUAUUGGCAAAUGAAUUUCGUUGCCAAAAAAAAAAAAAAAAAAAGAUCUAGCUGAAAUCUGUGGGAUUGAAGCGGGAGCCGCUUGAAGCACUUCAUGAUGACUGAUGUUAGUGCCACUGGUCGAUAAUCUUCGAAAUUGAUUUGCGAAAUGAUAGAUUUAGGAACAAUAUCGUCAAUGCACUAACUGAUAUAGCCUAUAAAAGUGUUAGUCUAUUCGUUGAUCUUGCCAUCAGCUCCAUCCUUUGCCAAUCAGUUGUUUCAAAGCAGUCCAUUAGCACCUCCUCAGUUAAAGGUAAAUGGCAAAUAUGUUCCAUAAACAUUAACCUGUUAGCAGACCUGUGACAAAAGAAUGUUUGUUAGCUUUACAGGUCUACAGGUGAAAGGUCAGCCGUGUUCAUCACAGGAUUUCUUUUCACAGAUAUGAGAAGAGGAGAAAUGUGUGUGAACAGUUAUCUGGUAAUGAGUUUGAAUGAAACAGUUACAGAUAUUCCCUGUGCUGGUGUGAUCUCACUGUUUUAAGGUCUCGGCUCCACAGUGGUGGAAUGAGAUUCUCCCACUACCCCAAUGCUACUGUGUCUUCAAUACAUGAGUAAAAGUCAAAAAAAAAAAAGAGCAAAUCUUUAGACUCUAAGGUCUGGUCUCUCAGGUUUCGCAGGUUUACAAAUAAUUAGCAUUUGUAUCUCUUUGCAGGUUUUUCCAAGUCACCCUGGAUGUGAACAACUUCUGAACAGUUGAACAUAAAUGUCCAGGGUGUAAAGUGCCUCCAUCUGCAAAGACGAAAGAAAAUAAGAAGAUCCUCGGUUACAGAAAGAGACAGACAACUCCAAACUUUCCCUGAUGCUGGGGUGUCCAGUGCCCCUAAAAUUUACCUUCACAAUCACAUCAAGAGAUGGCCUUUUAAAGGUACUUUAAAUAUGACAAGUCGUAAGAAAGCAAUAUCUGGUCCGAAGGUAAUUCACAAAGGAAUGAAGAACCAGUGCUCAAGUUGUGGGAAAAGAAACUCAAGUAAUCUGGAAAGACACCAGUGCGUUCACACUGGGGAGAAGUCGUAUCCCUGCUUACAGUGUGGGAAGAGUUUUACCACUUUUCGUUCUCUCCAAACGCACCAGCGCAUUCACACUAGAGAGAAGCUGUAUCACUGCUUACAGUGUGGAAAGAGUUUUACUACUGCUAGCUGUCUCCAAACACACCAGCGCAUUCACACAGGAGAGAAGCCGUAUCACUGCUCACAGUGUGGGAAGAGUUUUGCUACUGCUAGCUAUUUCCAAAUACACCAACGCAUUCACACGGGAGAGAAGCCGUAUCAUUGCUCACAGUGUGAGAAGAGUUUUAAUACUGCUGGCUGCUUUCAAAUACACCAGCGCAUUCACACGGGAGAAAAGCCGUAUCACUGCUCACAGUGUGGGAAAAGUUUUACUACUGCUAGCUAUUUCCAAAUACACCAGCGCAUUCACACAGGAGAGAAGCCGUAUCACUGCUCACAGUGUGGGAAGGGUUUUACCACUGCUAGUUAUUUCGAAAUACACCAACGUAUUCACACAGGAGAGAAGCCAUAUCACUGCUCACAGUGUGGAAAGAGUUUUACUACUGCUAGUCAUCUCCAAACACACCAGCGCAUUCACACUGGGGAAAAGCCGUAUCACUGCUCACAGUGUGGGAAGAGUUUUAACACUUUUGGUUCUCUCCAAAGACAUCAGCGCAUUCACACUGGGGAGAAGCCGUAUCAGUGCUCACAGUGUGGGAAAAGUUUUACCAGUGCUGGUGACCUACGAAAACACCAGCGCAUCCACACAGGAGAGAAGCCGUAUCACUGCUCACACUGUGGGAAAAGUUUUACUACUGCUAGUUCUCGUCAAAGACAUAAGCGUGUUCAUACAGGAGAGAAGCCGUUUUAGUUCUGAAACUGUGGGAAGAGUUUUACUAUUGCUAGUAAUCUUUGAAACCACAGCACAUUCACGAAGAAGAGAAACUGUUUUAUGUACUGCAGUCAUUCCUAAUACAAUGCCAGGCAUUCAGCAAAGAAAACAACUAAGGAGAUUUAGAAUUACCGAAA